AGCCUAACCCUUUCCUAUAAAGAGAAAAAGCAUGGCGGACGUUGAGGAUGAAUCCGUCGUUGGAAAAGAGAAUCUGGAGCAGGAAAAUGAGAAUGACAAAGAGAUUGUUAACGAUGUAGACGCCACCGACGCUCCCAAAAAGAAGAAGAAGAAGAAAAAGAAGAAGAAGAAUGAUGAGGGAGGUGAAGGGGACACAAGUGCUAUGAAUGAAAUCACAGACACAUUGGAGAAACAGAACAUAAAUGGUUCACCAGAGAAAGGAGCGGAGGAAGGAGAAGGGGAGGUACAGAAGAAAAAGAAGAAGAAGAAAAAGAAUACAGGACAAAAACAACAGACCAAUCCCCCUUCCUUACCAAUAUCAGAACUGUUCCCAGAGGGAAACUUUCCAGAGGGGGAGAUAAUGGACUACCCAGUGGUUCAGGACAGCACAACAGCUAGAGACAGAAUGACAAACGAGGAGAAGCGAGCUCUAGACAGGGCCAACAAUUACAUUUACCAGGAGGUCAGGCAAGCUGCAGAGGCACACAGACAGACUAGAAAAUAUAUGAAAGAAUACAUAAAACCAGGAAUGACCAUGAUUGAUAUUUGUGAGACUUUAGAAUCCACGUCCAGGAAGUUGAUCAAUGAGAAUGGUCUGAAGGCAGGGCUAGCGUUCCCCACCGGCUGCUCUCUCAACCACUGUGCUGCUCACUAUACACCAAAUGCUGGGGAUCCAACAGUUUUAGGGGUGGACGAUGUCUGCAAAAUUGACUUUGGAACUCAUAUAAAUGGUAGAAUCAUUGACUGUGCUUUCACCCUGUCUUUCAAUCCAAAGUAUGACAGAUUACUACAAGCAGUCAAAGAUGCCACAAAUACAGGAAUUAAGGAAGCAGGCAUUGACGUUAGAUUAUGUGAUAUUGGGGAGCGAAUCCAAGAAGUCAUGGAGUCAUAUGAGGUGGAACUAGAUGGCAAAACAUAUCAGGUUAAGUCCAUACGCAAUCUGAAUGGUCACUCCAUCAGUCCGUACAAUAUCCAUGCUGGGAAGACAGUCCCCAUAGUGAAGGGAGGGGAGGCUACAAGAAUGGAGGAAAUGGAAUUUUAUGCUAUAGAGACUUUUGGAAGUACAGGAAAAGGAGUUGUCCAUGACGAUAUGGAAACGUCUCAUUAUAUGAAGAAUUUUGAUGUUGGGCAUGUGCCCUUGAGGGUACAGAAAUCAAAGCAACUGCUGAAUGUGAUAAACCAGAACUUUGGGACAUUAGCUUUCUGUCGGCGCUGGCUGGAUCGCCUGGGGCAGACUAAAUACCUCAUAGCUCUCAAAAACCUGUGUGACGUUGGCAUCCUUGAUCCCUAUCCCCCGCUGUGUGACUCUAAGGGUUGUUACACGGCCCAGUUUGAACACACCAUACUUCUCAGACCAACGUGUAAGGAGGUCAUCAGUCGAGGAGAGGACUAUUAAAGGGAAAGUAGAGGAAAAAAUCAGUUUUUGUUGGGAGUUUUAGGAGGAAAUUCCACAUUUUAAGGAGAUUAAGAAUUGUUUUUGUUUAUAAAAGUCUUAAUUCUGCAACAGGAGUGUACAUGUACAAGUUUACUUUCUGUACUUCUGUAUAAAUUGGUAACUGUUCAUUUUUUGAUUUUUAAGAAACUUAAUGUUAAGGAUAUAAAAUUAUAUAAAAUAUAUGAAAUGAAGCUAUAGAAUUUUCCUUAAAACCUUUCAUCUGUUUAAAUUAAUAACUUUUAAGAUUGAAAGUUUUACAUGCAUUAAGACAAAAUUAUUAAGGUUAUGCAUUCUCAUUUAAAAGUAUUAAAAUAUUUUCAAUUUUGAAA